AAAGUGGCGUUAGGCUUGUUUUUUCAAUAAUAAAAAGAUUUUUUACAAGUAAACGAAAAAUAUAAAGUGAAAUAACGAUGGCGGUAAGAAAUUAAAUCUAACGAUGAUUAUUAAAAUGGUAAAAAAUUGAAAGUUUUGUGUUUUUUUGAUAUAAAAUUGAAUCGGAGCAUCCUUGAAUGUUUUGAGGUUAGCUUCGUUCUUGAGGUCGUUUUCCUCGAAGAAGUUUAUAAGUCCUAAAAUGAGGAAGAAACAGCGAUUUCGAUGUUGAGUGGUAAUCAAUUGGUACUUUCUCUAUGAACCUUAUAAAAAGUUUUGUUCGCAAAGGAAAUAAAAUUCCAAGUUUUAUAUACACUUUUGGUUUUGUGUACGUCGUAGAUUUUUUAUUUUAAAGAAGAAUUUUCAGAAAAGUUUGUUCUUUUUCGUUAAUUCUCGAUGGUUUUACGUCGUCUUCAAAAGUUGAUGGAGAAUAAAACAUGGCUGAUCGAGAUUACGAUAUAGGAUCAGCUACUGAUAUUCUCGUGAAUGAUUUUGACGACGAACGAACACUUGACGAGGAAGAGGCUUUAGAGGGCAGUGAGGAUUCUCACAACGAGUUGUCAAAUUUGCAAAAGGAAGGUGAUAUGCCUUUGAAAGAUUUACUCGCAAUGUACGGAUUACGAGAUUCUUCAGUGGGCAAUGCGAAUAGUUCCGAGAGGAUGGUCCUCAUUCCUCAGGACGACGGGGAAUUGAAGGACAAAAUGGAGGAGGACGAAGAAGAGGAGGAGGAAGAGGAAGAGGAGGAGGAGGAAGAAGAGGACGAUGACGAUCCUUCAAACAAUGAGCCGGAUCUGAAGCAGUUCUACACGGAAAUGGUGCAGAAGGAGGAAAUGAAGGAAAACGAGGCAAAUCGUGGUAGCAACAAUAAUAGAGGGACGGAAAACGUUUGCACGACCGCUGUCGGCUGUGCGAACGAGCCGAACAUAACGGAGAGUGGGAACUCGGGAAAUGGCGUUUCCGAAGACGGCGGCAGUUCUGGCGCUGGCGCUAAUAGUGGCGGCGAUGUCGGUGGAAACGACACUGGAAACUGCGCCGAGGGCAACGAUGGAAUGGAGCCGGGAGGCGGAAACAGCGGCGGCGGGGGCAGCAACGGAGGCAGUGGGUCCUCCCGACUUCUUCGCAGUGUCUCCCGACCGCAAAGCGAAGAGGAAGAAGACGACUGCGACUACAGUCCCGACGAAGAAGAGUGGAAGAAGACGAUCAUGGUUGGCAGCGACUAUCAAGCCGCGAUACCGGAAGGUCUGUGUAAAUACGACGACGCAUUGCCCUACGAAAACGAGGACAAAAUGCUCUGGGACCCGAGUCAUAUUCCAGAAGAGGAGACCGAGGAGUUCCUAGAAAGAGCCCAGUUGCCAACUGUGAAAGCAACUUCCUUGCCCUCCGGCUCGCACAUCCGAGACGAUGAGCAAGCUCUGUACUUGCUACUCCAGUGCGGUUACAACCUGGACGAAGCACUUCGUAGGCGUCGAAUGAAUGUCCAACCGCAAUCUGAGGCCGUCAGUUUGUGGUCCGAAGAAGAAUGUCAUAAUUUUGAAUCUGGCUUAAGAAAUUACGGAAAAGAUUUCCAUCUCAUUCAAAAGAAUAAGGUGAGGACAAGAUCUGUCGGCGAACUCGUUCAAUUUUAUUACUUAUGGAAAAAGACAGAGAGACAUGACAUUUUCACCUACAAGGCCCGUUUGGAGAAAAAAAAGUACGCUCUCCAUCCUGGGAUUACGGAUUACAUGGACCGAUUCUUGGAAGAGCAGGAAGGAGUUCGAGACCGGAGCAGCUCGCCGAAUGUUCACUGCCUAUUGUACGGCGACGCGAAACGACAGCGAACGAACGCGAAUCUGGGCAACAAUGAAGAUUCGAAAUCUCUGGAACUUUGGGACGGUUCUGCUGGUCCGGGACCGCUUCCAAAUUCCGGAGUGACAAACAUGAACGUCGAUCCGCUGACGAUCGAGUUCAACAACUCCACAAGCGCGCCAGCUCAGCCUGCUCAGAAUUCAGCCGCGCCAGUCACGACGUUGCAGAAUUCGAACUCGUCGUCGGGGAACUUCCCGAAUCGAGGCCACAUGGACUACGGGCUGGCGACUAAGGGAAGCGCCGAGAGUGGCGGAACGUGGUCCCCCACGUCGACGUCGCCGCCCACGCAACGAAACGCACAUCAGCCUAACAACAAUCACCUCCUAACCACGUCCAGCAAUAUUUCCUCCGGCAACGAAACGGCACGAUCGCCUGAAAAUAUUUUACCUCACCUGCCCCCCUAGCGUUAUAUUUAAAAUCUUCGAUUUCUCAUUCCCCUUAAUCCCCAUAAGAAGACGUGUUGAACGCGUCGUCCAAUCCUCGUUGCUUCUCCAAGCACUUAGCGUCAUUUAAAUCGUACUACACAUUCGUUAAGCACCCACGAAUUAUAUUUUUCUACUCGACAGUAAUACGAUUAUUAUAAAAUCGUUCGGCGGCAGAUAACAUAAGCAGCGUGUUAAGAGUUUCGACUAUUUCAUAGAUUUCACAUAGAUUUUCAUAGCCUGUCAGAAAUUUUAAAUUCAAGGAUUCUUUCUGAAAACUGAGAAAAAUGCCGGAUAUUCUAAAUUUUUCUUUAUUUUUUUCAUUUGUGCAGAAGAAAUUGAAAUUUCAAAUUAUAAUAUACGUAUUUCUAUUUUACUUCUUGUUGAAAAUAUGGAUAACAGUUCCAGUUUCUUGGGCGCAAACAAAAUAAUAAAAUUUCAGAAUGUCUUGCAUUCUUUUCGAUUUCUUUAAAAAUCCUUUUGAAAUUUACUAGACGAAAUGGCUUUUAUUUUUGACAUAAAUGCUGUUGGAGUUCACCACUAAUUUUUGUUCGGUAAUACUGAUGACUGCUAUUUUGUAAUAUUUUUUGUCGAUUUUUUUCAAUGUUUACAAAAUUCUAAUAUAAAAUUCAAAUUUUUGUACAGAAUAUGUUUGUAUUUUUUAAUUUUCAAAGACUAUGAUAAUUUAUAAAAAUUUUACCUUUGCUUUUUCUUUAUGUUUGAUUGAAAAUAUGACAAAUAUCUUUCUUAAGAAAAUAUAUUUUUGUUUUUAAAUACAUUUUUUUUUUGAAAAGUUUUGUUUUUUUAAAGAAAUUAAUUUUUUUGAAAUCUAAUGUUUACGCUAUUUUUUCUAUAAUUAUGAUGCUAAUUUUUAUUUCGCUCAUUCAGUCUUUCAAGGUUUAAAUUUAAACAAUAGAAAUAAUGGGAAUUUAUAUUAUUGCCAUUAUCUAAAGGAGUCUUUUACCUUUUACGGAAAAAAUAAAACGAUUUAUCGUUUUUAUACAUAAUAUACUUUUAUCAAUUAGUCGAUACCCUUUUCGACGAUGUGAACCUAGAACGAUCAGAUUAAAUGAAUAUUGUAAGAUUA